CUCUUUUUUAUUUGACAUUUGUCAGUUUGUCAGUUUGUCGAGCGUGCACAGGUUUAUUUUUACCAUUCCAUAAUAAUUUUUUGUGUCACUGUGUAAAGAUUGCAUAGCUUUCUCCUACCUUGCUUUAUUUUUAAAUACUAUAGUCGUACUUCUAUAUUACUUCAGUAAUACAUACAAGUAUAAAGAAUUAUACAUCAGCAUUAUUUUCACAAAAUGGCAGAAAUAUUGGGUGAGUGUGAAAAGGAACUUCAAGACCAACUCGAUAAGCUUGAUUCAUUUCGUGCUGCCCUAAGAACUGCUUUAGAAGCAAUUCAAAAUGUUCAUGAGCAGAGUCAGUCUCUAUCCUUGGCAGGAAGUGCUGAGGAUAUGGUUCAGAGAAUCUUGAGCAGAGUUUUAAACAGGACCACAACAGCUCCAGAUAUAAUUGCUGAUUCCAGACAAGCAGCAGCAGUACAAAACAAUGACACGAACAAAGUCACGAUGCCGAAUGUUGUCGAAGUGGCAGCUGAAGUUGAUGAGACACCAGCAGAGCCAACUGUUGUAGAAAUUAGUUCAGCCAGUAAGGUAGAAGAUCUUGGCUCUGAAGACGACGAAUUAGUACAGCAUUUACUAAGAGUUGGAGGUGCAAAAAAAGGUGUGAAGUACAAAAUAGAAAUUACAAGUCCCUUAGGACUAGAUGGUACAUUUUGGGCAUGUCAUGUUGAAUCUGGAUUUAUACAGAAUAAAUUAGAACCUCUUUCUGACCGAUUAAGGUCUGCUACACAGCGUGAUAGGAGUUUAUGGAAAGUGACCGAACCUAAUAAUAAAAUGCUAUGUGUAAAGUCCAUUGAUAAUGGUUUAUGGAUGAGAGCAAUUUAUGUAAAGAACAUCAACGACCAAGUGAUAAAAGUUCGGUUUAUUGAUGUUGGUCGGACUGAAGAUGUACAAAUAAAUCGUCUGUCUUUGGUACCACAAAAUCUGGCAGAGAUUCCAUUCAUGGCGUUCAAUUGUGCAAUUUUUGAUCACCCUGUUAGUCUUGGAUAUGACGCCAAAUGGAAAUUCAGUGAUCUUACGAAAAAGAAGAUAUUAAAUUUUACUGUUGAGAAUUUGUUAGACAGAGAUGGUUUAACAUUUCUAAUGGGUAAAAUAGAAACCAUUCUUGAUGAUCCAAUGGUUAAUGUGACAGAAGAAAUCAGGAAAUUUGAUAAAACAGGGAUUGUGGGAAAUUCAAGCAAGGAAGAUAAUGGCAUUGUGUCAAGAGAUAUCAGAACUAUUGAUGCAAGCAACGCUGAUAAUUUUACAUCAAUCAAUGAAGUCAUCCAGAAAAGUGAUGAAAUUGUCACAACUAAAAACGUUAGCUUUGAAGAAUCACCACUGCCUAACAAAACAGUAACAAAAAAUCCACCAAAUCUAUCACCUAUUAUUAUUCCGAGUUUACCACCACAGCCAGAGUUUGAUUGGGGUGAUACUAAAACACCUGGUGCUGAUGACGCAGAACUAGAACUUGCUCCACUUGAUGAAAAUAUCUUUGAAAUGUCUAUGUCACAUGAUGAAAAAACAAAUGAAGACCUAAAAUCUGGUGCAAUGAACAAUGAACUUAAUAAUUUUUCUUCAACUAAAACUAAAUACAAACAAGAGCCAUCUUUCUCCUUUCAUUCUCCACCACCAGCUAAUGAAAAAACAGUAAUAAAACUUCAAGAGCAACUUUUUAUGUUGCUCCAGCAGCAAAGAAGUCUGUUACUUAACCCACAAAUAUCUCAAGAAAAUCCAGAUGCCAUAAAUGUUCUACAGCAAAAAAUUGCAUACAUUCAAAAUGAUUUGAACUCCUUGAUUAGUCAUCAACCAGCACCUACGUAUAUGCAGCAAAUUCAACAACAACAAUCUCAAUUUGCUGCUACAACCCCACCUGUUCGAUCACCACAAAUGCCCAUUGGUACCAGGCCUCCUGGAUUGCAAGCUAAUGUGCAAAUGCAGGGCAUGACAAAUAGUUAUUUUAGUGAUAGUAUAAAAAAUUCUACUGACUAUGAUACAAAGAUUCAACAACUGGAUGCUAUAACUCGUUGUUUACGAAUGCCAAGUGAUUGCCUUAAUGACAGUCAGAUGCAAGAAUUGCAAGCUACUAAACUAUUUUUGGAAAAACAGUUACGAGAAGAGGAGCAACGGAUGAAGCAGAUGGGAAGAACAUUGUUGAUGCAAAACCCAGUUGGAACACUUGAAGACUCUGGAAGGGAUGUUAAUCCACAAAUGAGACAGUUUACUCCUCCUGAACAUCAAGUUCUUUCUGAUUAUUUUAAUCCUCGAUUUGGGGAACCACCAGCAGGAAUAAAACCAGACCAAAUGCAACAUUUAUUCCACAAGCAAAACAACAUGCAAGUAAAUACCUCUGAAUCAUUGCUGUACAGCCAAGACAGUACUCAAUAUUCUCAUGGCCACGUCUCUAGAAAUAUGCCUGAGAUACUGUCAAGACAACAUGCUCAGGAUGUGUCACAGAGGUAUUUGGAUAGCAGUGAAGAAGUGAAUACCCAGUUUGCUGAAAAAGCCUCAAAAAUGCCUGAUCCUAAUCAUAUUGUGGAGCCAAAGCGGUUUGAAAUUGUUCCUUAUGAUAAACUUUUUACUGAAUCUCGAAACGACUGGGCAGCACGUGAACUGGUUAAUUUAACUCAUCCUUACCUGGAGCAUCCAAAAGCACGGUUUUAUACAGUCAUAUGCUUGGAAACAAAACCUGGUAACUUUAUCCCAAAUUUAAAACGAACGUAUGUCAAUGGUUAUUACUGGCUGCACGAUCCCGACGCAGAGAUUUUUCGCAAAGAAUGGGAAACUAAUGAUGGCCCAUUGUUUUUGAUUGUAAAACAUAGACCCCUUAAAGGUAAUGUUGUGUGGAAAUGUGGUGGAAUAUGUCAAGUCUUGUCUAAAGUUAGAGAAAUACCUAACAUAACUGUUCGUCAAAAUAACAUGAGCAUGCAGUGUCAAGUAAGGUUUGUGAGUACCUCUCUCUUUGAUGACGUUGACUGUUUACGGUCUGACAAAACAACAAGAGAAAUACCAACAGAGAUUGCAAGAAAAGUGAUCAAGCAUUUUAUACAGGCUGUGCAAGAUGGGAGUGGAGAAAAUAUGUUUCAUUAUUUUCAAAAGUGUGCACAAGCACAGUACCACAAAUCGGCAGACUACUCAUCAUAUCACGCAAGUGGCCGCAACACUCCUCCUGGAUAUCAGUCUCCACCUGUACAGGAUAGUUUUGUUGAUCAGAAACAUAUGUUGCCAAAUCCAGAAGAUUGGGACCAAGACAUUGGACAAUACAGGAAGUCGGUUACAUCAGAAGAUUUUGGAUCUGGGGACGAAGGGGAGCGUGACAUCAACGCUGAGAUUGAAGCAUUUGGCUUGAGUGCAGAUGACUUGAGUUAAGGGUAUAUUAUAUCAUGCUCCUUAGAUUGUUUUUGUACCUCAGCCUUUAGAUAAAUUUGGUUGGCUUAAAGAAUUUGAUUCUUACCUGUCAAAUAUUUAUUUAUUUUUUGUAUUACCUUUGUUUUUUGUGCUGUUUUUUGUUUCGUGUGCUGUUUUUUUGUUAUUUUUUUCAGCUUGAGUAUAUGAAGAGUAGUUUUGAAACCAAUCCACCCUUUUUAUUACACUUUACUGAUGCCAUACUUAUAGACAAAACAGUACUGAUUCAAAGAGAGAUUAAAACUCUACCGUGAAACUUCAUGUUUUAAUUAGCAGACAAGCUCUGCUAAUGUUCUAUGACAUGGUCAUUCACCAAUUUUUCUGUGAGAUGUGUGUGGUUAAGGAAUAUUGUAAAUAUUACUGCAUUUUAAUUUUUACUGUUGUUUUAAGAAGCAAGUAUAUUUUACAAAAGGAGCUUGAGGAGUUAUGUGUCUUACUAUGAGAUUAUUUCAUGAAGAUUUUGAGAUUUUUAUGUUUUUUACGUAUAUGCUUUUUCUUUUACCAUUAAGGUAUUUUAGAAAAUUAUUUAUGUUAAAUAUCCUACAUUCAUCCAGUUUUUUUUUUAAUGAAAUAAUACUUAAUUUUAUAAAUAAUUUCUUACAGUCAAAUGAAAUGGCAUACUUUUAAUAUGUAAAUCAGACACACGUGCGUCGAAACACCAAAAAUAUAAAAUAUAUACCUUCUGAAUAUAAACGAAAUUCCCUAGCAAUCCUGAUAAUAUUUCUUGUUUAAAUUUUAUUGUCAGUAACUUAUAUAAAGAAUCCCUUAUGAUGAAAAAUUCCACACAUUAUUUCUGACAUAUCAGUUUUAUGAUUUGUUUAAUUUUAUGAUUUAUUUAAUACAUAAACAUGCGCCAACCAAUACUAAACAGAUUUACGUUUUUAUGUAAAGUUUAUUUUACGAAAAUGCAGAUUCUGCUGGAUUUACUUUUGAAUUUUUUACAUUGUCCUUCUAGUUUUUAUCUUUUUAUCUUCACUUUGACUUGAUGAUGAAGCUUGGCAAAUUUUACAAUGCCAGCUCAAGAACUCUUUAUAAAUUUUUUGAGUAAUUUGUAUAUAUUUAUAUUUGGAUCCACAUGUAACUUAGAAAAAACUUUACUUUGCAAUAACUUCACAGAAUAUCUAAAAAUUAAAAACUUUUUUUGCAUAUAUUUUUUGUGAGUAAAAGGUAUUAAAGUGAUUUAAAAGAAAAGCCAUUCAAACUAGAAACAAUUUGAAAGAAGCUUUUUGAAAGAAGCAUAGGAUUCCAAAUUACCUUUUAGACGUAUAUUUAAACUGUAAUAUUUUAAUGAAGUAUUUUUGAAAAUGUAUCAUCAGUAGUAACUAGUAACUAAAAUUCGGAUAUUCGUUUCGAAAAUAGGUUGUUCCUUUCGAAAUAAGAUGU